AUGACCCAAGCCCUGGCGUUGGGACUCGGAUCCAUGUUCAACCACUCGACGCGAGAUCAGAACGUGGGCUGGAAACGCAACACCGAGACCGAGGUUAUCGUCUACACGGCACUGCGUGAUAUCAAGGCCGGAGAGGAACUGUGUAUCUCGUACGGUAGCGUGCGGCUCUGGUUCGAGGAUGUCGACGCCAACGCCGAGGCUGACGAAAUAGGAGUUGAUGAAAAUGACACCGGUGGAGAGACGUUGGCCGAGUUGGAGUUGAGGGCGCCUGAGUUACGCCUGAAAACUGCGCUGGUGGUGGCAUACUGCACAACCGUGAAAGGUGCACACCGACCAACACUGCAAAAGAUACGGCCACGCGCCACCAGCUACGCGCCACCAGCUAUCUCUCGACGGCCCCAACCUACCAAGGGGCCGAUAGGCGACAGUCUCCAAGCGAAUCUCAGAGAGGGUUUUCUGGCAGAAACCAUGAACGACACAUAUCCGUCCAGCCCAAUUACCACAGCCAACUGGCGAGAUGAAGCAGAGAACCACAUGGGAAUGAUCUUGUCCCUCCGCCCCUCUUAG